AUGUCACACCUCCGACCGAGACUGUGUGUGCUGGAGAAAAGCUCAAACGGCUACGGGUUCCACCUCCACGGAGAGAAAGGGAAGACCGGGCAGUUCAUCCGGCUCGUGGAGCCCGACACUCCCGCCUCUGACGCCGGAGUCCGGGCAGGGGACCGUCUGGCGUUCGUGAACGGAGAGAGCGUGGAGGGCGAGAGCCAUCAGCAGGUGGUUGCGAAGAUACGGGCCACCACCGGGCUGCUCGAGCUUAUCGUUGUGGACGCCGAUACGUCUGAGCUGCUGAAGAAACACAACCUGCAGUGCCGGAAAGAAUAUGUCACGGAGGGGAUUCCCCUGCCGGGCGGGGACAACGACUCGGACCGCGGGGACACACAGAGCAACGGCACCCCGAGGGAGUCCACCCCUGCCCCGGGGGAGAACGGAGACGCCUCCUCGGUGAGGUCCGAGAGGCUGAGUGUGAGCUCCAGCACCAAGGUAACACAGAGAGAGUGUAGUAGACUCCGUUUGAUCUACCACUAGACUGCAACAUAGAGUAAACUGGUUUAAUUAAGUAGCUUUGCCAUUGAUUUAAUAUAAAUUUGACCUCUCCUUUUAGACUUCAUUAAUCCCUUCCUGGCCAAACUCCCAUGACUAUCAAGUCAAGGGGUCAACUUUUUAAUCCACAAUGAACAAAGACGUUAGAAAUGCUGAUAACAUCCAACAGAGUAAUGAAAAAGCUGCUUAAUGUCAAGUGUUUUAUCUAAAUAAAUCAAUUAAGAAAGCUUGAUGAAAGUUUCUCUGACCUUUGGAUCAGUCAGUGUUGUAAAUCAACCUGGCCUUGGAAUCCAAAGACUUUCAUGUGACACCUGGAGAAAGUUCCCUGACAAAACAUAUAAAUCCUGUCCACAAGUGUCAGUUUGAAGAGUUGAAUAAACAAGUUAAUGACUACAAAACCUAAAGAAAACAAAUGCUAAGCCCUUUUUCUGUUCCUAUAGCUGUGUAGUAAAUCUCUUCUCAGCCAAACUUUAAGAUCUGCCAGGUCGAAGGUCAGCUGACUGAUUCCUGAUGCUUCAAGUGUGUAUUUGUCAAUGUAAUUAUGAUGUUUUAAUGGCAGAGAGAGUGAACUUCAAGGGAAAUAAGUAGGAAAAAUGUGGAUCAUAUUUGACAUUAUAUUAUUACAUUAAAAAGUUGGUGAGGUGAUUUAAAUCCCCAUACUCUGAUAACAAAUUAUCUCAUUAUCUGAGAAAUGUUCUGUAAUAACUAACGAUAUUAUUCAUUGCCUUUUAAAAUACAGUUAAAAAGCUGUCAGUGUGAUGGUUCAUUUGCAGAUGGUAAACAAGCUUGUUGUUAAACAGUUUUUUAUCAUUUUUACAUAGUUUGUGUUUGCAUCUUGUGAGCACCAGCUUCACCAUUUCCAAAGCCAGACCGCCUCCACGCUCAGGGUAAUUAAAUCUAAUGUUGUGGAUUCAGAGGCUGAUGGUGUUUGUGUUUUGUUGCCUGGUUAUUUUUUACUGUAUCCAUGCAAGCAGCCAUGUUCGCUCGCUUGUUAUGAUGUGUAAACACUUUAUGUUUCAAUGGGCAUUUGCUGUAGUCUGUUCUAGGGGGUCGACCAGUAUUGGUUUUUCCAGGCUGAUACAGAUACCAAGUAGUAGCUGAAAUGUUUAGUUAAAGCUGGAACAUUCAACAUCAUAUACAGUUAACCUGUUAUAAUGACAGUACAGUUGUGUCACACAGUCAUGUGACACCUUGGCCAAUCAGAUAGUGUUGUGUGUUGGAUGAGGCAAACUGGUGCAAGAAAACAGACCCAAAGGUGAAGAUGCAAUGUCAGCAGAGCAAAGUGAUGCACUUUUAAAUCAUUAAUAUUAUCUUCUAUUUGUAAAAUAAACAGCUGAGGCAAUCUUUUUCAUUUUGUAAAGCACCUUGGUUACUUGUAUGGCAAUAAUUUCCAGUACUUUUCCAGGCUUUUUCCCUCAUGCCCUCUGAGCUGAACUUUGAGAACUGUCAGGUCAAAGGUCAGCUGUUUUAUCUGUAACUCAUUAUCAAAAGUGGAUAAAAUCCUCUGUAUCAUACAUAUUUAUUUGAAAGAUAUCAAUAAAAACAUCAUUUAAAUUUAUUAGGAAUGACAAAAAACAGCAUUUGGUACAAAAAUUUGAGUUAUAUGACUAGUAAAAAGUCAUAAACAACAAAAUGACCAUGAUACGGCAUCCAUUCUCAUUUGUAUGCAGAAGUAAUUUUAAUACUCAAACAUGUCCAAAGAUGCUGAUGAGAUAAUUUCCAUGGUACAAACAUUACAGCUCUCUGUGUUGACAUGUAGCUAUCAGAGAAAAUAGAAGUGUCCAAGGCUCUAUUGUCCUGCCUGUACUGAGGCUAGUUGCACUUUUAAGCCGCAAAGGUUAUUUGGAACUAGAUCCCUCAUUAAGUAGUUACUUCCAGGGCAAAGUGAAAGGCUGUAAGCUCAGACAGAGAGGUGACACAACUCAGUGAAACCUGCCGGGCCUCUACUCUUUCCUGGUGAACAGACUCUUUGUCAUAUAAAUGUCUGUCAGUAUCUCCGCUUGAAUUCCCCGUCAGGUUUGGCUUGUCUGACCAGAGGCUUUGUUACUUUGAAGCAUGUCAGACAAACAUGGCAUCUUUUCUUUAGAGCUGUUAUCAAAUUUUGAUGGGUUAUUUUUGAAAUAUGAAUUGACACGUGGGUUAAAAGUACAGUUCUUUUAUUCCACACACCCAAAGCAUCUAAAGCAGCGUGAACACUGGUUUAUUCCUGAGCUCAGAAGUCAUGUGUUGGUUGUGUUUUCUGAUGAAAAAGCUCCUCUUUCUGUUUAAUAGCAUCCCGUCACUAUGAAACCUCUUACUAACAGUGAAACUUUGCAGUAGAAACUGUAAACAAAAGCUAAGUUCACUUUAGGUCACUUCUUUGAUUACCUAACCCUAAAAAUGUUAAAAAUAAUCACUCUUGUUGCAGAUGAUCUGAUAUGUUGUUGUAGGUCAUAAAAGGGCAUCAGUGUUCCCAUAAAAUCAGGAGUAUUAGCCGCACAGAUAUAUAUAAAUACACAGCCUGUUUUUGGGAGGGAAAAUGUUUAAACACUGUCCCGUUUGAGGAUUUCUACAGGGGUUUGUUCUUUUGUAACAGCUAAUGCUUAUGAUCACAGCAUUGUUUCUUUGCAGCAAUCUAAUGGUCCUAGAUGCAUGACUGAUCUGAUAUUCAGGAUUACGGUUUAGCAGUUUACUUGUUUUAGCAUAACUUUUUUUGGUCUUAUUUUUAAUAAGCCAUCAGAUUUAAUGUAUUUAAAUAGUAGCUGGUUCCUUCCUUUAAUGUCCCUCUAAAUAAUUCUCUAGAACAAAUCUACAAACAUGUUACCGAUCUUUCUCAGAGACCUCGUAAUGCUCGUCAAUGUGCACAUAUUCUCUAAAUCUUUCAAAUGAAUCAGUUUCAUCUUUGAAUUGAAAGUGAAAGUUUCCCAGAUGAGAAGCAAAACCACAAUGCAUUACUUUAUAUGCAGCAAUGUGCAGUUUCUGUGCAGCUGUGCAGCUCUUGAUUUGGACCCAGUGCCCACGACCAGUUAGCCUAGAGUUGUACCAUCCCCUUCUGUUGGUUAAUUUGUAUUUAAAAGUGAAAAAAUGACCUUUUGAGGGAGAAAGCUUCUGAAAAAUCUCAAUAAAACUUUAAAGCCCUGAGAGAAGUUUUGUAACUGGUUGUGAAACAUUAAAAUGAAUAAUUGUACCUUUUCACGCUUUACAAAAGCUGAUUGGACUUUUGGGAUCAUGAUUUCUGUUACAUUUGUGAAGCCUUAAACAGCCGUGAGGAGGUAGGUGUCCAACCUGUUGAUUACAAACCAAGGGAAACAGACAAUUUAAUAUAUAUAUAUAUUUUUUUGAUAAAUGGUUGAAAUAUUAAGCUCAAAGAAAAGGGUAUCAGUAGGAAAAGUCAACAUAACUUCUCGGUGACAGAUUAAAAAUACUGUAUGAAAAUGUGAAGUGGUCAUCAAUAAGAGGAUGUUCAAAUAUAACAGGCAAGGCUGCAAUGAUUUCACACUCCACGGAAGAUCGAAAACACCAAUUAUCAGCCGUCAGCCUCAAAUGAAGAUGCAUGAGAUUUUUUUUAAAUAUUUUUGCAUGAGCUUUGUUGAAGACCAGAGAGAAAUAAUUAGCAUUUAUUGAUGCAGUCAAGAGCUGUCAGGUGCUCUACCACAGAGAGAGCCUGCAGAAACUUUGAAGUUCUUUGAAUUGCAUUUCUUUUCCUGGAUUACUAUAAUCCCGUGUGCUCAUGACUGCAAGCUUUUGUUGUCUGUUAUGAAACAAAAUCAUACCUAUAUUAUUUGAAACCGCCACAAACAUUGCUGUGAGUGUUUUAACCAGAGGAAACCUGGGCUCUAGUUUAAAUGUUGUGUAACUGGAAUGUUAAAUGGCCUCAUUGUGGAGGAAUUUAGCCGCUGUCAAGCUCUGAGGAUGUGAGGCGGUUUUAUUUAGGGAUUACCCAAAAUAAUGGGAUUCCUUGUUAUUUUUAGACUUGCCCUCCGCUGCAAUUAGGACUGCAGGGCUAGCCACAAGCACAAUAACAAAGAUUACAAUGUCUGUCACUUUCUUUCUCAUCAUGUAAAAGUUGUGUGAACAAGAGUGUUAGAAAUAGAAAAAGAAAAGAGGAACUGUCGUUAGUUGCGGCCUUAUUUACACUACAUCACCAAGAGGAUUGCGAUUCAAAACUUCAUAUUAUCUUUCUUUACUCCUAAAGACAAGUUAUCUUUGAUGCUAAAUCAGCACUGAUUGGUCUGAAGGUAGCAGAUAAAUAUCUUUAGCCUCAUUUGACUGCAGGAAAAUAGUUGAAAGUACAAGUAUUACAUCAGGGUAGACCAAUACUGCUUUUUCAGGGCUGGUAUCGACAACAAUUAUUUAUAGUUCAUGAGACUGAGGAUCAAUAUUAAGAGCUGAUAUGCACUGAGGGUAAAAAUAAAACACUUAUAAUUGGGAUUAACACAAACUCUAAGAUAUAACUCUGCCUUAAGUGAAUGUUAAAUCAGAGGAGAAACGUUCAAUAUCAUAUACAUGAGUUAACGGUAACAGCACAGUUAUGUCACACUGUGUGACGUCCAGAUCAGAUAGUGUUGUUUUGAGCGAUUAGCAGUCCACGCUCAAUAUGUAUUAUUCCCAGAAGGGCUGUAUAUUCAGGCUGAUAUUUGGCAUCUGAUAAAUUAUCUGUAUCAGUGUUUUGUUUUACCGCUUAUCUACAGAAUCAGUUUAUAGAAGAGUGCCCUGGUUUGGCAACACCUCUAUCUGAUUGGCUAAACAUCACACUGCUGCAAUAUAACUAGUAAACUGUUAACUAUUACAUAUGAUAUUAAAGGUCUCAGUUUUGAUUAAACAUUAGCUUAGAGGCAUUUAAACUAACUCUGUGAUAGUAGUAGGUGUGGUAGGAAAAAUCGAUACAGCAUAGUGUUGUAAUAUUUUGUCUGGUGAUAUAUUGUAUCGUCUCAUUUACCAAGUAUCGAUUUUUUUCAAAUUAAUUGCGGAUAUGAAGUCAAAUCUAUGAUAGUGGAAAAAUAAAAUCAACUGUUUGUCCAGUGAGGUUGGCAGAGGUGACGUCACAGAGCAGGAGAAAGUUAGUACAACAAAUAUAUAUAUAAGGUUUGAAAGAUGUGCUACAUGAAAAUAAAAUACAGCAUAAAUAAGACAAACAUAAAGGAACGACAAAUGCUAAAUUAGCUAAACAGUUGAAAAAUUGUAUAAAUCACAACAUAUCGCAAUUCUCACUGUAUUACAAAAUGUUAAAAAUCUUAUUGUGGCCCAAGUAUUGUGAUAAUAUCGUAUCGUAGGGCAACUGGUGAUUCCCACCCCUAGAUAGUAGCACUAUUAAUAACAGGUAGCUCAGAAAAAUGGAUACUGCCCACUCUUUAAUUCAUUAAAUCCGUCCUUUAAUUCAUUUUUCUGUUGCAGUAAAAUUUGAAGCCUUAUUCAAUCUUUCAAUGCAGAAUCUUUAAAUAGUGAUAUCUAGAUUUAUGACCCAUGUCUGCAUCGUCCAUCCAUGUGCACGCCUUCGCUUACUGCCAUGUGGGACUCUAGCAUGUGUGCACUCUGUCCUGCUGCUGCAUGUAGGACGUCCUGGUCACUCUCUCUCUCAUUCUUUGCCUCUUUUCUAAGACCUCUUUUGAGUCCAAGCCCAGGCAGGCUAGUUGGGAUGCUGCAAACCUCCAGUUAAAUUCCUCCCUGAUGGGAAACUUGGCACAGCACAGCCUGACUGAUGGUCGGCCUCCCAGUGGGAUACACUUGAGUAGGCUGGCCGGUGAUGACGAGAAACCAGGCUUGCUAACGCCACAAACAAUAGCUCCUUUCACGUCAUCGCCUUGGAUUGGACUCCGUGUAACAGCCCAGGUCUCAGCGGUCAAACUUUUUCUCUAUCGGCUAAGCGGCGUCCUUGUGAUGAUGGUCCGAACAAAAACUUGGACAUCUAAUUCUUCAAAAGGCUUCUUUAUCCCAGGAGAUAAAAGCACAAACCAAAUGAGCAUGUCAUCAUAUUAUGGUAACAUCCUGGCCUCCAGCAGCUCAGUCCUCCUCCUCACCCAGGAGCCGUCGAUCGGUCUCCAUGGAGAUCCCCAGCAGCAGAAAGAGGCUUUGUCCGCAGUGUUUGCAUGGGGAGAAAGGCUUCUGGGCCAGGGAGGAAAGCAGAGCGGACUCUCACGCCUCAACAAGGAGGCCAUGCUGACCCUGAAAUACCUACACACCCUCUGCAGACAUACUGUCAAUAGUGCUGCAGCAAAGUGAACAUGUGUGUGUUGAUUUGGGCAAGAUGGGGCUCUCACCAGGAUUAAACAGCCAUCUGACAUGUGCUUGUAGAAGAACAGAGGUCAAAUGUUGGAAUAAGAGCGCCACAAUUAAUGGCUCUUACUGAAAAGUUCAAAUGAGUAAAACCAGGGCCUCUUUUUUUCAUUUUGGGCGUUUUGUCGACUUAAAUGUACAAAAAGUUUUGGGAUUGUGCCAGAAGAUUGCUCAAGCCAGCUCGAGUGAAAGAGGGUGGAAAAGCCGCAACUUGAUCUUCAGAGGCAACAGUCAGGUCAGGGAAGUUAGUGUUUUGGUCAUUUCCAGGCUGAACCUGUUAUUUAAAGUGUCUGACAAAAUUACAGUAGACAUCCCUGCAAAUAGAGACCUUAUAUUAGAGAUUAGAGAACAAAUUAAGGAACUUUUUAUUAAAGCAGAACCAGAUAUUACAUCUGUCUGUCAAAGCAGCCUAACCCCACUGACGAUAACAGUUUCUGAUCAACAGCUGACUGACUGUAGAAACUUCUCGACUCAAUAUUAGACUCUUAAAGGGCCUUCAUACCCACAUCGUUUCAGACUUUACAGACUUUCAGACUUUUCUGUUUUGUCUGAACCAAAAUGAUAGGUGUGAAACCUCCCCAGGACCUUGGUCUGGACCAAACAGCCGGACCUUGGUCCAACCAAAAGAGGUGGUCUCGGUCCGGACCAAACUGAACCAUGGUCUGGUUCAUGCCCAGUGUGAAAGCUUUAAUUUGAAAGAUUUGGACUAUCGCACCAAAGACAGGAAAUGACGCAAGGAGUAGAAGUAUCCGUUAUUAUGUUGAAUGGAGAUUGCCCAAUAAUGGUAAAUUUUAUAAUAUUGUAGAUAAAGUCAUUCUUUACUAUUGACAGCUCAUCUUUUCAAGAGUUUUACUACACAUACUUUCCUCUCGAGCUGGUGUUGCAAUGACUCGCAGGAUUGUAUACUUUUUUCUCCUUUCCUGUCCAUGUCGAUAAAGUUGUGGUCUUAUGAUCAAAUUGAUGAGACUUCCUUGGACGAGCCUCAUGAACAGCUCUUCAAGUUGUUGCUGAUGGAGGUAGAAUAUCAAAAAUAGUCUGAUGGUGGGAAUGACGAUUUCAUCCAUGUUUACAGCAUUCAAGACCCGUGCUUUUCAACGUGUUGACGUCAUUUGCCGCCGGCCAAUUGACCAAUCACUGUAAACUACAGAGACAUGCAAAGCACCUAGUUGAUGAUGAUAUCACGUAGGUUCAUCAUGUAAAGUCUGUUACUCUAGUUGCAAUAAUGACAGUGUGAAACCUAACAGAUCAAAUCAAGUAUAAACAAUGUAAAAAAAACAAACCUUGGUUUUGGAUCUUAGUCCGGUCUUUCAGGCGUGAAAACCCCCUUAGACUGGAUCAUAGCAAAGCAACCAACCAAAGAGGCAGCCGGACUCUAUUUACUUUUAACUAUUACAUUUAUUUAUUAGUAGUUUUCUGUUGUUUCUGUUAAAAAUAAGUAUUAACUCUUUAACUGUCAGAUCUAUCUCUGUAGGAAUCCUUAUGGUUUUUCAGACUCUUGUCGUACAGAUCCAGCCUUGUCAGACUCAGAACUUUCACUGGACAGACUUUGAUUGGCCACACUCGCUCUGAAAGAUUACACAACGUUAUGAAGACUUUGAUCCACACACUCAGCAGAAAGGCCUUGAGGCCGCUCUUCUUCUUCUUCUUUCCAAGAGACUUUUUUUCUUCUUCAGCAUUUUGUAAUCAUCUCUUAUCUCUGAGCUCAUAUACCCCGAAGAGAGAACAAUUAAUCUGGUGUUUUACUGAUUCAUAAGCAGGGAAUGCCGUAAAUCAACAGUACCGUCAUGUUACUCAUUAUGUUCCAUUGAUUAAAUCUCUGUAGUUAUGAGAGAACACCGAUAGAUUUGAGACGGGCUCGGCCCUGCGCUUUUAUAACCUGUUCGACUGAGAAACCGUGAUUUCCUCACCGUGUUUUAUUGAUCACAUCUCUGAGCAUUUUACAGGUUUGACGGCUGAGAGAAUCAGCCCUUUGAGAGAUCCUGUAGGCAGCGUGGAAAUCUGCUGAACUAAUGUGGAGAGUCUUUUUCUGAUAACGUUACGCACAGACUUCUUCACAGAAAAGGUUGUGUACUCCUGUGUGAAUGUCCGCGUCUAAUCGAGCUGUGCUUAUGCUUCUCUCACUCUCUCUUCGGGGUUUGCAUUUAUUUUGUAAGCAUUAGCAGUGCUGUGAGAAGAAUCAGUAGUUGCCCUUAGUUUAUUCCAUGUGGAUGAAUCAAUCUAGUGUGAGAAAACUAACAGCAGUCACAUCAUGUUUUCUAUCAUCAUAAACUUUCCCAUACUGCUCUGUGGUUGUCUGAAAUGUAGUGAUAAGACUCCAAAAACUCCAAAAGAAGUUAAAAAAACCUGCUGUCUCUACCCCGGAGGAAGGCUGGUCAUCCAAAGGGAUGUAUUCAGCACUUUCUCUUUACAGCUUUUUCUGUCUCUCUGGGACAUUUAUUCUUCCUUUUAAAAUCUAGAGUUUGUUGUUUCGGUGCAGCAGCCUUUUCCGAAGUUGAUUUUAGUGGACAUGCUGUUUCCUGUCACAUGUGAGCGUGUACUCUGAAGAAGAAUAUUCUUACUCUUAAAGGUUCAAUCCACUGUUUUCUUAAAAAUACGACCAAAUGACAGAGAGAGGCUGUUUAAAAAGUGGUGUGACCAGCCUGGUAAGCAAUGCUCUGUAUCCCAGAGCGCCUUGCAGCAAAGCAACCACUUGAAAUACACAAAAAAAUUAGUGAGGGAGUAAGAUUAGGUUUAUCUGAUUGUAUAGUCUGUUAGAGUUGUGUACUGUGCUUUAAUGAUAAGUCAAAACGGUGUAUUGUGGAGUUUUGUUUCUGAGUCUGAAUCUCGAUCACUUAGCGUGAUAAAGCAACUUUCAAUCAGAUGAUUUCUCAUUCAGGCUGCCGUCCAAAACAAACGCCAUAAAAGUCCUGUUGGCGUCAUCUGUCUGAGCUCCUCUCUGCCUCGCAGUUCUCCCCCGUGACGUCGUCUAAAUAAGCCUCAGAAACAAAAACGCCUGCCGGUCAUUUUUUCUACUCUCAGAGGAAAGUCAGCUGCUCCUUCAUUUUCUGCAUUUUCUGCCUGAGUUUAACCGAGGACAUGUUUCUGACAGCUGAAUUUCAACCAUUGCUCUGUGACCGGAUCCUUCCUCCGGCUCUGAUCGGACCGCUGCAAGCUCAGGCUGCAGCUCCAUCUAGAUUUAAUCUUUAGUGUGAGACGGAUUAUAAUUACAUUUGGUUCAAGCAAUUAGGAAACCAUCUUUGAAGUCCACCCCCCCUCUCACAUUGUGACUGCAUUCAUUCUAUGUAACAUAUAAAGCUUUGUUAUCAAGCUCUGGACUCGGCCCGCUUUUAACGCUAAUCUGUCAGCAGCUGUAAAUCCAGAAUUCAGCAUGACCAAUCAGAUUGGGAUGAUUGUAUGCAGAGAAACAAGUGGGAGUUUGCUGGGGGAGAUGUGGAUACUCUGAAAUGUGGAUCACUUAUAUACACAGCUCUGCCACUAUUUGCUCUUUUUACAAUUGAACCACAUUUCAAAGAUUUCAAAGACUCAUUGAGGAGCAAAUAAAAUCAGAGGAAAAUAACUUAUUUCUUUCCAGGAAGGCACAUUCAAAAAUUCAGAUCUUGACCUUAAUACACAGAAACCUGUUCAUGUUUAUGACUUCUCUUCGAAACGUUAACUUUAUUUUAGCACAUUUGAAUUUUCCACUUGUUGGCAAUAAUAUUAUAUCCAGUACUCACCACUUAGGAGGACUGCACUUAUUGCAAAGUAAAGUAGUGAUGCUGUGACUGAAUUUGGCAUUUUAAUUAACAUCCAGAAUUAGCCAGAUCACUGAUCGCAUCUCACAAAACAGGAUGAUAGUACAUUAAAGUGUUGACCUUUCCUUCAACUCCUAAUACAGCUAAAUGUUCAGUGAAAUCACACUUGUAUUUGCUCUUUUAGGCUGUGUAUAAUUUUCGUUUCACACUCACAAACAGCGGGCUUCCUCUGUUGGCAGACGAGCUGCCGUGUGUCGGGUGGAGCCUCUGAGGAAACCACUUCCUGUCCCUGCAGAGAGUUGCUAUAGAGCCGGCAGAAGCGGCAGUGUUUGUUUUUGUCUUUUCGUAGGUUAAUGGUACCAUAAGGCUGCAUGUUUGUGUAGUUUGUGUAGAUUAUGUCAGUUUACACCUUCCUAUUGAAGUCAAUUUAAAGCAGAAGUUAGCAGGCAGCUAGAAUGUAGAGCUUAAACGGGACAUCACCCACUAAAUCACCUCACAGCCUCACAAAAGAGGAUUUAUUUUUAGUAAAAACAGCUUUCUACAAGAAAAAGGUGACCACUUUAAAUGUAAAGAAGUAAUACAGAGUUUUAUUAUUCACACUAAGUAGACAAAUAAGUGAGAGUUAAACAAAAAAGGCGUUAAAAGUGGAGAUAUGAUGCUGAUAUCACAGCUAAAAGCCGAUACCACCAUUAGAUUCUCUGAAUGAAAUCACAUUUUUCCAUCCCCAACAACAAAAUAUCUUUUUUAAACACGACUUUCUUUUUGAAUUUUAACCCAAAUGUUCAUUUUUCUUUCUCAAUAAUUCCACAUUGUUAGACAGGGAACCUAAAGUCCCUUGUGCCGAUACUUUUUAUUGAUACUUUUGACUUUUUCUGUCUACAUUUAUUUGAUAGAAAACUACACUUAAGUUGAUCUAUUUUGUUUCUCAAUUAAUAGAUUCAUUAAGUUGUUAUAUUUUGUCAAAUGCAAACAACAACACUGUGAUAUCAGCACUUUGUAUUGGCCAUCUGCAGACCUCCUCUCACAUUAACAGUAUCAGCAUCACCUGUUAAAAACCUAUAAUCUGUUUAUCACGAGUUAAAAUAAGACGGAUAAACGACCUGAUUGAAAACCGUUUUAAAUCAGUAUUAAUGCGAAAGGGAAAAAUGGAAAAAGGAGAUAUGGAAUCUAUUUUGUGAGCCCACAUAUAGUCUGUUGGCAAUGAUUUCAAAAUACCAUAAUUAACCUGAAUAAGUGGCCUGAUCAGUGCAAAACAUGAGCCACUAACUGUAAUAGAUCAGAGAUGCUGUUAUUAAGGAUGGGAAAACCUUUGUUAGUGCUGGUAUCAAAUACAAAUUAUCGGCCUAAUGAAGAGGUCAACCGACUGAUCUGUCCAACUCCACUGUGAAGUGUUACAGUUCCCCAUUCAAAUAUAAUAACCAUCCUAUUUUGACUGUUUACAUUCAGUGAGGAGCAGCUUAACUCGGUUGUGUAACGCUUCCUGUUGAAGCGUCUGUUGCAAUAAACCUCUAAUAGACUGUUUUACUCCUUAGGCCGAUGUGAGAGCGUCCGCUGUCUUCAGACAAACUGUCCACAGUAAACAAUCAAUAAAUCUUGAUUUGAUUGAAUCAAACCCAAAAUUGAUGAAUAAUUUACUUCAUGUGUGGAGCGCACCUUGUUCCCUCAGUGUGGAUCUGUGCCAGAGGUAAUCAGAGAAGCCUCCCUUCACUCAGAGUUGAGGGUUUCACCCUCAGUUCAAGGUCCUCCAACAACAAGUCACUCCUCAUUAUGUUGGAGCAGGGGAUCUGAUGUUUAACUACAACGAGCUGUAAAACCAUUAACCUUUGGUUUUCGACUCAGCUCAGAGGAUGUUUACAAGGACCGCCCCGCCACCUCGCACUAUAACUCUGCUAACGCUGAAGCCACACUGAGGGUGUUUGUGGCACGUCAGUUUUUAUGUCUCUGUGUUCGUGUGUGUGCAAAAAGUCAUCGCCUGAAUGCUGCAGCAAAGUUAGCAUCUACUGGUUUCACUGAGGCCUCUUUCACAGGUGUGGGCAGAGAGAUGCAACAACUGGAGAGUUAGAUGUUAUAACUAUAGUCUGAGUACUACAUUUAUAGUAUUAUGCUGCUAUGGAUAGUCACUGACACGUUUAUUUAUUUAUUUAACCAAUUCAGUGUUACAUUACGUAACUUGUUAUUGACAUUAUAUCACUCAGUUAUUGUGCAUGGCUGGUGUUUUCACAGAGGCUACAUUAAGUCUCUUAAGCUGAUCCACACUUUGAUAAUACAUAUAAUGUUACACUAAAUGUUGGAAACUGGAAAGUCAGUUUUUUGUCUUUUUUUUUCUCUGUAUGUCUCAGAAAGUUUCUCCUAUUUUUGUUUGGUUGUGAGAAAAAAACCACAGCUGUUUUCCAAAGUCAAAGGCACCAGAAAGCGGUGUGAAUUUAGUAUGUUUUUCAGGACCAAAUCCACAACAUAGAGAUUUGUACUCACCACUUCACAGUCAUACAGGAUACUUAAAUAUGGUGACAUGACGGAGAGAGAAAACAAAGUAGGGCUUCUUAGAGGUUUAUGUAAAGCAUGAUUCUGAUUCCCAAACCAAACUACACCUCUUAUAACUUACUGCAGCCUUGAAUCAUAAUAAUGUUAUAAUGCUUAUGAUUUAAUGAUUAUGGGAGACUGUUCCAGAUGGAGGGACAUGUUAGGACAUGCUGUUGAUGAGCAGAAACCACAGGUCUGACUCUCAUGAUGGCCUCUUCUCCUGAGCUCGUUUUUCCCGUUUAUUCUUGACAGAAGAGUCACAUAACGCCCAUUAUGUUGUCAGUGAAUGCUGUCUUUCUCCCUCUACAAUAUGAAACUUACUUUUUCUGUUCUGUUUCAGGAGCACGCCAUUUAGAUCUCUAUAACACAAUCGUAGCGCCGCACUCCAACCUUACGUAAAGUAUCAUGUCAUUGGUCAGUCACAUGCAGGAGGAGGUGUGUCCUCCUCUCUGUUGUUUAUCUGCAGGUGUGUGUUCCUUUGGUAACAUGCAUCAUAGUUUAUUGUAUCAAAGAGCCUCUCAGCUGGACUUUACUCUGAGCUGUCGUUAGCACACGGCUCCUGCUGUCACUGCACUCCUCUGCUGUGUGUCGCUUUGCUGAUGCUGUGGUUUUCCUGUACAGACUGCCAAAGAGAGAGAGAGAGAGAGAGAGAGAAACCUUGAAUGCCACAAAUUACUCAUAUGUUACCAGAAUUACACAUUACAUGGUUGGAUUUACAGAGAUAAUAAGCUAAAGAGAUGUCUCUUUUAUAGUAUAAGCUUUAAUUUUAUGCCUGUAUUAAACUUAAUGUGCAUAGAUUCAUUGAUAUUGGCACACAAACAAGUUUGAGCAAUAGAUGGAUCUUUGCCAGGAAGAGUUUUCUUCCCUGAAGGGUCAUAACUGGAUUAUUUUUGAGUUUUCUUCUUCCCAUGACUAGAUCAGAUAUAAAUCCGGCGUCAUGCUUCGUCCAUGCUCUUUUUAUUCGAUUUUUUUGAAUUAUGUGUCAUGCCUGAUUUACUUUUCUGUUGGGAUUGGUUGAAGGUUUUUACAGUGCUGAGCCUGUGCUAGGUUUGCGUGCGUACUUAGUAGUUGCACAGCGUGAAGUCUAAGAUGUGGUUGAUAUCCAGACUUUACACACAGACAGUGUUUAACUGACAACAGCCUGCAGCUGAGACAGCACAAUGAGGUAGAUGAUGAUGUUGUGAGAGUUAAAACAACGAUAAAAGUGUGGGCCAGAAGGACAAAACAGUUAGUCAACUGAUGCUAGUUAAACUCCAACAGCUGAUGGUACCAGGUGAUUUUUCUUUUGACAACAAGUAAGACCUUUCACUUAUAUGUAUUUACUGUAUGUGGUGCAAAAAACAGGGCGGGUCAUCCACUUAUCUGAAUGUCAGCAGUUUGAUCCCCAGUUUGGCCCCACCUGUCCACCUGUCCGGGUGACCUUGGGCAGGAUGUUGAACUCCAAGUGACUGCCAAAGGUGUGGCUGUUAAUGUGUAUUUAUAUUGGAUUUUGUGGAGUCAUUGCAUAAACACUGCAUGAAUGGGUGAAUGUUUGCAUGCAAUAGAAAGCACUUCGAGUAGUAAGAGGACCAGAAACACAAACGCUGCACUCAGGAUCAGUUUAAGUUAACAACAGUAUUAUCAACACAACUAAUCCUUCAGCAUCAGAAACACAAGUCUAAAUUUACUUGACCAGGGUGGUGCUGUACGAGCUUAAAACACUGAGAAUAAUGAUAUUGCAUCAGCGGAUUGUUAGUUUGUUGUUGACUCUCCUCAUAUGUCAUGCAUGAAAAAAGGAAACAAUGACGGGGAAAGCCAUGGCCUCGCAGUAGGGGAUUGUUCAUAACCAUUUGCACAGGUUUAAGGCAGUGUAGGUCUCACGAGAAUCUUUGUGCAUCUAAAGCCAAUUUAAUAAAAAACUAAAUAGAGAAGAGCUCUAAAAUUAUAACAAUGAAAACAAACAAGAGGUAUUGGAGUUGGAUGCUCUAUAAAUAGUAAUAAUGAUAAGACAUGUUAUGCACAUUUAUCAUUGCAUGUAGACAUUUUUAUAUUGAUUUUUAAUAUAUCUGUUAGUUGUUUUAUUGCUUGCUGUUCUUUUGCUGUUUGGGAGUUUCAAUAAUCCAGUUUUAAUUGCUCCAAAGUAAAAACAUAAUAGCCAGAGCAAAACCUCAUUAACAUUUAAGGAUAUUAAGCAUUUGGGUUAUGACGCAACAGUAUGCAAAAAUACAGGUGUAGCUCAAGUGUUUCUAUUACAAAGGGAUUUUCUUGAGCAAAUAAUUUAUUGAUUGUUUAAACCAAAAUUGGAAAUUCUAACUAACUACAAUUUUGAAGUAUAUUUUUUUUAUAUAUUCUACAUUUUUAAGCCCUGACAAGUCGAUCACUGAGUGCAGUGGAUCAUUUCCAUGAAGUAAUAAUCAUCAUAAUAAUCAUUUUGCACUGCAGACAUGGUAGUUCUUAUGCCUAAGCAUCUCAGUCUGAUUGCAUUUCCAUGAAGUAAUAAUCAUAAAUUUUCCACUGCACUCUGUGAUCGACUCGUCAGGGCUCCCCCACAAACAAGCGGCUGCUAGAAGAGAGUGGGUGAGUUGUGUUUAGUCUCUUUGCUAAAGAAAUCAGGCAAAGUUAAAAAGAUGUUUGGUGGCUAGUACUAUGGCUGGGAGCCUAUUUGACUGUUGAUGAAGUUAGGUGCUGUUCUGAGCAUUAUUUGUGGCUAUAGAGUGGCUUUUUGGUUGAGGUUUGCGCGUGGAGACGUAGACCGCUGUGUAUUGCUAUCGUGCGGUCGUUACUAGAGUUGGUAGUCAGUAACAUUCAUUUUUCAAGGGGUUGUCUAACUCAGUGUUAUGCUGUGUUUGACUCUAACUUAAUUUUACGCCGGAAUAUCCCUUUAACCAAAGCUAGAGCUCCUGCUAGUGGUGGAUGACUGCACUACAACUCAAACACAGUAACUACGUUAGUUGUAUUUCUCAUAGUUGACCAAAUGUGCACAUCCCUAAGUGAUGGUAAAGCUUUAUAGUCUCUCUAAACAUGGAAACAUAAAAAGACCCGUGGUUUUUCACACAUCAUUUGUCCAUGUUCCUCAGUUCAGAAAAAUAUUUAUCAAUCAUUCAUUUUCAGUUUUUAUUUAUGGUUAUUGUGGCUCACUGACUGAAAUGACCUUAAGUGGCUGAGGUUGAACACUUACUGGGAAAUGAAGCAUUUACUGGAGAUUAUACCACACCAACAAAUUCAUCUUUGAGGACACUUUUCAUUUUAUUUAAGAGGUCAAAGAGUUUGUGUCUCUUCCUUCUAUGGACAGUGAAAAAAACAUGGGUGAAGUCUCAGUGAUACCACACAUUAGUUUUUGUAGGACGCACAACAGAAAUGCUGACUUCAUCAGGACUUUCCAGCAGAGAAAGGAGCAAAGAGGUGGAGCUGAGCUUCCUGGCAAAGGACUACAAAGCCUCCACCUUUCAAACAACCCAGUCAUGCCCCUCUUUAUGUAGAUUUAUGCAUAACUCUGGUUUAAUGCAUUCAGACUGGAUGCAUCAUCACCCCAGUUUGAUGAAUAAAGGAACAAACUUGGUCUUUUGUAUUAGGCUUCAAAAAACCUCUGACGUGAGCUUCAGUCUCAAGUGGACGCUUGAGGAACUGCAGUUUGCACUUCGACAUCAUCUCCAAGAAUGGGGGUUGCGACAUGUUAACUUCUUUCCAAGCCUAGUGACAUUUUCAGGACUUGCAGUUCUGUCAAUAGUUGUUAUGUGAUACAUGCAUACAAGGGGAACAUUUAUAGGUGUAUGAUUGAGCUUGCAGGAUGAGAUAAGUUGGUGUUCCUGGAUUGUACUUUGCACCUCACUGUAUCAUCCUUAUCAUCUUUACUGCUCCUGGUUAUGUGUCCUCUGUCGUAAAUGUGCGACUCUAUUCAAAGGUCCAACCUGACUAUCAUCUCACCUGAACGCUCACUCGCUCCCUCACUCAACAAUCAUCAACCCUGCUGAUUUCAUAUAAACUCUUGAGAUUAAUACAUCAUCCUGUGUGAGAGGGUGCGUCUGCUGAGGCUGCACUGCCUCAUCUCAAACUCACUCCUGUCGGGGAAUAACACCGAGAUAACCGCGGAUAGCUGACGAUGUCUUACAGAUAGCUCCAGGUUUAUCAGGUGACAAGUGGGCGUGGGACUUUUUUUUUUAUCAGAGCAUGAGUACUGCCUCAUGCUCAUGUAACAUGCAGCAGUUUAAAAGGAGGGGCUGUCCCCUAAAAGUCAAUCCCUGAGAUCAUCAGUUUGACUCCCUUUCUGUCUGUAAGAUCUGACCUUUUUAUCUCCUCCUUGUAGUUGUCUCAUUGCACAUAACAUUGGCAGGCUGUAACACCAUGAACCAUCCUGUUGUGUCUCUUUUUUUAUAUAUUUGAUAAAUAAUGGAGGCUGACUUAUUCUCUGAUGCUUUAUCCUCCUUAAAACACCUCAUUACGCAGUUUUCUCUUGGAAAAGAUGGUUAUUAAUCAGUGUGCUACCUAAAUUGAUUGGUUAAUGUUUUUACUACUUCAAGUGUAAACCAGUAAAAGGUUUUACCUGGAGGUCUACAAUCUAAAUAAAGUGGUUUUACUGUUAAAAAUCACUCUUUUCUGAAGGCUUUAUGGCUUGUUGGUCAUGUCUGGAGAGGCUGCAAGCUGAGCUGCCAGUACAAUAGCUCAGCUUGGAUUUAGGCAUCUCAAGGAUUUACCCAAGGCCUGUUUAUCCACAGAGGUAUUCCCCUCUUAAAAUGAACAGACUGAGAAUUUAAAGCUGGCCAAGGGUGAAUAAAGCAGAGCUCGAUACUCUAGCUUGGUAGACGUCAAGCUGAGUUGCAGCAAAAAAAAAAAAGAGAUGUAAUUUUUUUCUUUAAAGCAACUAAAAUAUAAAAUAUGAUAUUUGAGAUGAUUAGUUCAAUCAUUAUAGAUCAAACAAAAAUGCCAGAUGUUGAAACAAAUUUUAAAAAUUUCUGACCUCUCAUGUUAGAGAUAAGAGUUAAUAUUUAUCAGAAUUCAAAUAAUUUAAAUUUUGUCAUACUUAUACCUUCGGAGAGGAGACUUAACACCAGUGAUUCUGUUGAUCCUACUGUAGCAAACAAGACUAUUAUUUUUAUUGACAGAAACUACAGCGAGAAAGAGAGAUUGAGAUGUGAUAGUCUGAGUAAUAAUUGUGGUUUCACAAGUCAUGAUAAUUAGGCGCCUAUUAAUUUCACAACAUCGCUAACAUAUAUAAGACUUCAUGUCACUUUGCAUUUGUUUACUUCCCACUAAAAGUCCAUCCUUCCCCUCAAUGCUAUUAAUUUUAACUAAUUUGCUUAUAUUUAAUUCACUACUAACUCAAGUAGUGUGUGUUACUGUGCUGGAUAGUUAUCCUGCAGAUGCCUAUCAGGACCAAAAACUCCUCAUUGGAGUUUUAAAGCUAAUGUAAGAAACUUUAAAUUUGUGUCCGUUUUGGCGCCUCCCGUGGACAAAACUUUACUUAUCUUUCCCUCUAUAAAAACAAUAAAAAACAUUCAGAAUUAGGACAUAAAACUCAGCAGUUAUGUUGCUGAUAGUUUUGUUUGCUGUAGGGUUUCAUAAUUAGACACUGAUACAAAUUCAGUCUGUUUUAAAGAUACCAAAAAAAUUCCCUCAAGAGCUUUAAACAUUUCAAAAGUUGUGUUUUACUCCUUUUGAAUACAGACCUGACAGAGUUUGAAUUUUGCACAUCAUGAUGUUGUUAUUCUGCAAACAAAAGGCUCAGUUAUUGCAAGCGUAUUCAAAGAGAAGUUGUGGUUCCUCUCUCAGGUUUAUACCGCCAAAGAAAGUCAGAGUUGAGUCUCUUUUUGAAUUGUUAUUUACAGUGAAACUGAGACUCACCAGUACUGAUGGGCAAAGGAUUAUGGUAAACCAAGAAAUUAUGUAUAUUUUGCAGAUAUUUUUCUCUAAUCUGAACACAUAGUUGUUUCUGAAGUCACUGAUUGAUCUGUAAACAGUGCAGGAAAUAGAAAAAAAAAAUCUUGGGUAGGAUACAUUUGUCUCCAGUUUUGUCAUUUGUCUUUCAAAGCACAUAUUUCAGACUGUUAUCUAUGAGAUUUUAAGCACUUUGCCUGGCCUGCACUUCUUUACAUUGAUGGACCACAGUUGAUAAGAAGCAGAAGCAGAAAUGACACUGCACAUCAGGGGCUGAAAGCAUUUUUCACCAGUAAAGCAUCCUGCAGUAUUCGGUAACGCCUUUCUUGAAUUUUCUUCUCUGUGUGCAGGAGGAGAGAAGCGGGCCGCGGCCUCGUCUCUGCAGCCUGAAGAAAGGACCAAACGGAUACGGCUUCAACCUGCACAGUGAGAAAUCUAAACCAGGUCAGUUCAUCAGAGCUGUGGACGAGGACUCUCCGGCACAGAGAGCCGGACUCAAACCAAAGGACAAGAUCAUCGAGGUACACAACAUGCACCCACAAACAGCCUCUUAUGAAAGUGCAAGAAGUUUUAUUUUGUUUGUAUGUGUAUCGGCUUUAAUCCUAUUACCAGAGUGGGCAAACUGAAAUCCCAGGAGGUAUUAGGUUAUUAUUAGACUGCGAGUUCCUGCAGCUGUGAUGUGGGUGGGCUUCUGUAAGAGCUCAGAGGUGUUCACCUUCAGGUUCUUGUGGUUUUUUUUCGUAGUAUUUAUCCGAGCGUGUAUGUGUCGAAAUACAAGUUUCCCCCCACGCUGCGAGUGUGUGAUGACCGUCAUGUUGGCCUUGUAGAACAUGCAGGGUCACAGUUAAUCCACUUACUGCGUCUGAGGGCUGAAUUACAGGCUUCUCGCACAGUCUGAGGGCCGCUCACGUGCAGGAGAGACGAGGCGGGGGGCGGGGGAUGAUGUAAAUGAGGGGACUCCACAACUGUACCGACUGAACCCGUAUCAAAAUAGAGGUUUUACACUUGGCAUGUAAGAGUUUAAGAGGGGAAUUAUGAUAUUUUGAGAUCACUUUUUACAUAUUUUAGCAGCUAUAAAGGUUUUGGUGCAGCUCCAGCAGAUUGCUUCACAGGGCUGUGAUAGCUGCAAAGAAACCCUCAAGGUAAAGUUUCCCAAAUGACAGAAUAUUGAAUAAAAAUGUUUGUUUUUGCCACCAACAGGCUCAGAUUGUUAUUUUAACAUCAGACAGGAUCCCUCUACAGACUGAUAAGAGGUUAGAUCUUUUUUAACUAGAAACAGCCCUCCUCAAAGCCACCGGGGGACCAUAAUCCUCCACUGAAGCUGUGGGAUGCAGCAAAAGUAAAGCACAAACAGACUGUACUGACCUUUUUUACUUAGGAGUAUAAAUCUAUUUAAGCCUUUCUUACAGCUGCAGUGAGCCAUAAGGGCCAUCCCAUCCUCCUGCUGUGUGACCCAGGGAGUGUUAGGGUAAUACUAAAUGCUCCACCUGCAGUUAACAACACUGUUUAUAAGUCAAUGGAGCUUAGCUACAACUAGAUAAACCCAUAUGGUUCAAAAUCGAGACAGCUCACAUUAAUCUAGAAAGCGCUCUGUUUUAUCACCUUGAUUAUUUUUAUGGUAGUUGACAAAUCGUUCAUUAUGAACUACCUAGCAAAUAUUAAUCAUUACUGUUAAUUCAACCUCUCGUAACCCCCAGUAUCCUAUAUUCCUUUUAAUCAAGAAAAGGGUCUUCAUCUCCCCAGGAUGAACCUCAGGAUCAUUAAUCCACCCUGAAGUAAAUUAGCUGUAAGCUUUGGGGCUCUUAAGUGCGAUGAGGGACUCCCCAGCAUUAGGGGGACAUGGACGAGGUAGAUCAUAGUGGGUCUCACAUUGCUACUAUGUGCUGAAAAGAAAAGCUCUCGGCUGUGUCGUUACACGUGACUAUGGAUGUGACUGAUGCAUGCAUCGCAGUUGCUAUGUUACAACAAUAUAUCGUUCAGGCUGCAGAACUCUUAAAGGAAUGUUCUGGCGUAAAAUAAAGCUAGGGUCAAACACACCGUAACACAGAGUUAGACACCCCCUCGAAGUUGCGGACUGCUUACUUCUCUAGUUAUACCAACUUAAGCAACGACCACACGAUAGCAAUACACAGUAAUCUCUACAUCUCCAUGUGCAAACCUCAACCAAAAAGCCACUCCUAGCAACAAACAAUGUUCAGAACCAAAAGACCAAACACAACUCACCCACUCUCCUCCAACAGCGGCUUGUUUGUGGGGGAGCCCUGAAGAGUUGGUCACCGAGUGCAGGGGAGUUUCACAGCUUAAAGAAGAACAUUUAUGAUUAUUACUUAAUGGAAAUGUAAUCUGACCGAGACGCGAAGGCAGAAAAACUACCGGGUCUGUGGUGCAAAAUGAUUAUUAUGAUGAUCCGCUCCACUCUGUGAUCAACUCGUCAGGGCUAGUUUGAGCCCACAAACAAACAGCUGCUGGAGGAGAGUGGGUGAGUUGUGUGUGGUUUCUUUGCUAAAGAAUUAGGCAAAGCAAAAAAUAUGUUUGAUGGCUAGUACUGUGGCUGGGACCCUAUGUAUACUCUUGAUGAAUUUAGGUGCUGUUCUGAGAAUUAUUUGUGGUUAUAGAGUGGCAUUUUGGUUGAGGUUUGCACGUGAAGACAUAGACCGCUCUGUAUUUCUAUCAUGCGGUCGUUGCUGAAGUUGCAAUAACUAGAGAAGUAAGCAGUCGGCAACAUUCAUCUCUCGAGGAGGUGUCUAACUCGGUGUUAUGUUGUGUUUGACCCUAACUUAAUUUUACUCUGGAAUAUCCCUUUAAGUUGAAGGUGGUACUGACUUUUGAGUUUGUAUGGAGCUAAAACAGGAUUUAUGUUGCACAAAAUAACAAAAAACUAGUUGAUCAAGGCAGCAUGAAGUGAACUACUCCAGUGCCCUUGAGGCUUGGAUGACUGUCUUUGUCAGUGGAGUUUGAUGGCUAAGAAAUGGAUCGUACUAUCUACUAGGAUAUUGAAACAGACAGAAAAGUAUUAACUUUAACACAAGUAUACUUUUAUCAUUUGGAUAUUUAACGAAGCAGAAGGCAUCAGUAAUGAAAGCAAAUUAUGUCAACAGCUCAAACUAGUUAGAACUGGUUCUCCAUUCCCAUCUGUAGUCGCAUGCAUGUUUACAUUUUACAUUCAUGUGACACACAUACUCUGCAUGUUCGUGGUCAGCUCUCCCUGUGUGAAAUAAAGGAGACGGGCUGCCUCAGUUAAAUGUUAAUUGUAGAUUUAAGGUAUAAAUCAAUAAACUUGUGAGUGAAGGUUUGAUUUGCCUUAACAGUCUGUCUCCGUGGGAAUCCAUCUGUAAUGUUUCCCACACUUACGAGAACAUCCCCAGGCUGUCAGCGGAAGGAAAACAAACACUUCCUCACUUUCACAGCACAUUUGUUUCCAAGGAUAGUGGUGCGGCCACUACAGCCUGUUCCGCAGCGGCUUAAGCAAUCUGCUGGAGUAACUCCAAACUUUUGUACCUUUGGGUCAGUAAUCCCCAGGUUUAAAACACUGGAAUGCCUCAGAAACCAGAAACAGCUGUUAUAUCGCUCUCCUCGAAGGCACGGUAGACUCGUACAGCAGCUUCACCUUCAUCAGGAUGAUAAUGAAAACAUGUUUACGAAUGAUUUAUAAUGUGCAAAAUUUAGGUUUCAUUCAAAUUGUCUCGUCUUUGGUUACAAUAACGUUGAAUGUAAAGCAGUUGUACGACACCAGAGUCAAAAAGUAACACAUAAAACUAACCGAUUGACCUUUAGACCAGCAGGGUUAGAUAACUGUUUGAUUAACUGAGUCAUGUGGAGAAAAUUCAGCCUCUGCUUUGACAGAAAGUGUUAAAUUCUCUGUUCUGUCACCGUCCUGAUCUUUUCUGUAACCCAGAGUCCGUCUCUAUGUGUUUGGUAUACUCUGUUUUUUGCUCCAGGGAUUACUUUGCCGCCGUUUCAGCUUGUUUCGAGACAUUUUGUCAUUUGGACUCUUGAGUCAUGUUGAAAACCCUGGUAGGACGGUGAUGUCAGGAAAGAGAAAUGCCGAGUUUAACGCUGUGGAGGUCAGAGAGUAGGUCGGGAGGGAGGGUCGCUGUGAAGGAGGAUAACAGAGUGUUCUGUACCACCUGUCCAUCGUGGGAGAGGGUGAAAUCCACAAUGGUAUUCCCGAUCUUCCUCCCCCAGGAUUCCUCAGCGCCUUAUCUCCCUGGAUGCUUGAUUAGUUCCAGCUCUGGGAGUUUGCUUGUAGGCCGCGCCCUGUAACAACAGUGUUACUGAAUGUUUCCAUCAGCAGCACCAGGACUGCUCUGUCAGCUGUCUGUUCAUUCAUUACGUUUCUAAACUGGAGUCCAGCAGAUUACCGACCCCAGUGAAUCAGUCUGGAGGAAGAUUAACAUGAAUGUAUAAAUGCAACCAAAUAUGAGUGUGAUCCAAUGUGAGGAAGUCCUGCUUGAUUUAGCAGAUCCUCAAUCGGAUCUGAGUACUAGUCUUGUCGGUAAAGACUUUGAAAACAAAAAAAUACAGUUUCCGAAAUUUUUCAGCAGCCUUUUUUAGUCACAGUUUUGUGUUAAUGUUGUAAAAAACUGUAACCUACAGGUUGCUCUUUACAGAAAAUCUGACACACUUAGUGUGACUUUAGUUUAAAUGUUAUUUUUUGUUUUGUUUUGUUUUUUACAUAUUUUGGUGCAUUGAACCCUAAAUGAUUUCAGUAUUAUCGAUUUGAAAGCCAAAGUUUCUCAUUCAAUGUUUUCUUUCUUUCUCAUCCUCCUUUCCUCCUUGUUUUCUCCUUUCCAUCCCUCCUCCUCUUUACCUCCUCCCUUGCUCCUAUCCUCCCUCCUUCCUUUCCUUUUCUUCUCCUCUCUACCUCUUUCCUACUCUUUCUCUCCCAUCCCCCACCCUCUACUCUCCUGCUGUCUUUGUCCUCCUAUCCUUGCCCUCCUUGUCCCUCUCUUCUCCCUGUCCUCCUUCUCUCCUCCUCCCUCAGGUAAAUGGAGUGUGUGUGAUUGGGAUGCAGCACUCAGAGGUGGUGGCGGCCAUUAAAGCAGGAGGAGACGAGAGCAGGCUUCUGGUGGUCGAUGCCGAGGCUGACGAAUUCUUCAAAAGCUGCAACGUUGUGCCAUCUGAGGAACACCUUACUGGUACACAGCACAUGAUUAUUACCCACAAUGCAUUGCAUCUUUAUAGUCAGAGUCUAAAAACAAGAGAAGGAUACAUGAACACAAUUCAAUUUCAUGAAAAGUAAACAUCUUCUUGCUCCCUGCAGGACCUCUUCCAGAGCCAGUGUCAGAGAGAGCAUCAGAGGAGGAGGUGAGGUCACACACACACACACAAACACACACACACACACACAAAGAGUUACAGAUAGUGUCCUGGGAAAGCCUCACUGAUCCUCUCUGAACGUUCCCGGUAUCAGAUUAAGAGUUCUGGACAGUGUUCAGAAGAGGUCGGUCUGUCUUUGUGUGUUUCUUGUCAGGACUAACUGUAAAAAUCUGACACACACACACACACAUACAUACACACACACAAUCAUCACACAGAUGCAAAGCUGUGUGAGACUGAUAGCAUUUAAGAGGGAUGACCAGGGGAGCCCAGAUAACCUGUAAGGGUCUGUGUUUCUUUUGGUACACCUCCCUUACUGCUGUCUCUUCAUCAUUGCUAAAAAUAAAUCCAAUCAAUCCAGUCCAUAUAAAAAUAGUGCAACAAGAAUAGUUUAGCAGGAAAGACAACAUAAACUUAAAAGAGUGGCUUGAGAGGUUAAAAAAAAGUGUAUAUUUUGUGUAUUAGUGUCACUUUGUUUAUAAAAUUUGAACCUCUAUUUGAGCUCUGGGGGAAACGUUCAUAUUCAAACUGUGAUGAGACGUUCAAACUCAUAUUAAAUCAGUAUACUAGAGCAGUGGUUCUCAAGUCUAGUCCUCGAGGCCCACUGUCCUGCAUGUUUUGGAUGUUUCCCUGCUCCAACACACCUGAUUCAAAUGAUCAGCUCGUUAUCAAGCUCUGGAAUGGCUUAAUAACGAGCUCAUCAUUUGAAUCAGGUGUGUUGAAUCAGUGGGCCUCAAAGACUGGACUUGAGAACCACUGCUCUAGUACACUGAUUUAAUAUGAGUUUGAACGCUUCAUCAGUAGCUUGCCGUAUGAUCCAGCAGAGGGCGCUUUCUUCGUAACCUGGCCAAUCCCUGCACUCUUGACCUAAGUAGAUUUAAACAGUAACUAUUUUUGACAAAAAUGGAGGACAUGAUCAGGCAAAGCUGCGCCGAGCUGACAAUCACAACACCACCUUACUCAUCAGGAACAACAAGUUUAUGGGCUCACCCAAUGACCCAAGUGAAACGACGGCAGCGGGGGAGGCAUCACCUUUGAACAGCACAACAGCAAGUAAUCAACCCUGCAUGACCGCCUUUAUUAUAGAAGCCCCUCUGCCAGAGGCUCAGAAAAAAGCCCACACUGAUAGGACUGAAAAACUAAAACGUAACGUUUGCAUGUCAUGUUCGAUAUUCCCUCAAAGUUGAUUUAAAAGAAAAAAAAAGCAACGGCCAGAGUUUCUGUUCGCCACUUCACGGCGACUCCUUUGAAAACAAAGACCAGAAUGAGCUGGAUUUACAUCUCAGCUGUGACAGAACCCUGGAGAGACAGUGGUGUUUUCCAAAAAGGCAUAACCUCUGGGUAAUUUCAUGACCACAAAACAGUGUGAAGAAGUGUUUCAGGAUGAGUCUGCAAAGGGCAGGAAUGAGGGUUUUCAUAGACACCAGUUUAAGAUAAAUAGGGAGUGUCUUAAAAAAUCAUGUUUUUAAGUCACUUUGUUCUGUCAAACCCACAAAGUGAUGGAUCCUACACUUCCCAGAGUGCACCGUAAAGUUAUUAUUAGACCCUCAUUGCCUGGUAAAUCCACUUUUUUAUUUUGUUUUUUUAAAGAUCCAGGUUUGUGGUACCAUCAGGGUUACUUUCAUACCUGUUUCAACAGUUUGUCUCUCACUCUGCUCAUAGUUUGUUUUCUUAAAUUGGUGGAAUACCCCUUUAAUGAGUAAUAAGCAUCAGCACCAUGUGGUCGUGUGACAUACGAACAACACAGCAGGGCCAGUUUAUCAAAAGUAAAUACUCGCCCCCACACACACACGCGCGCACUCACACACUCACACACAAUGACAACAUGGGAAAAGUGGAUUGGCCUCUGUGGUGACACUGUUGCUGACCCUUCACCAUGGCAACAAGAGCUCACCCGAGUGUUUCCCUCUCUCUGGCUCACUCACGUCCCAGAGGAUCAUGGGAUUGAAGUGGGUUUAACUCUCAGGGGGAGUUGGGGAUUAUGUUAAUGAGAAGACUAACAAGUGCUGUUCACAUACACACACACACACAAACACACACACACGUAGACAGACUCUUUUUCUCUGCAGCAACAACAAAAACAACAAUCAGUCAUUCAGCUGAAAUUAUGUAACACAGCACAGAGUAUGUCGAGUAAAUGCUAAUGACCACCUCUGGCCUUAGUCAUGUGACAGUGUGUGUGUGUGUGUGUGUGUGUGUGUACCGCACUCUGUUUCAUCUAAAAGUAAUUGAAAGGCUGGGACCUACAUAUCAGCAAACCUCCCCCUCCCCUGCUGUAGGAUUUAAUGAGAGGUAGGGGGGCCCUGAGGUGACAGUGAAGCAAAAUUAAUUUCUUGUUGAUACAGUUGCUUUCACCUGUGUCUCUGAUUGAGGAACAGAUAAUAUACUUGGACAUGUCUGGAUACUACUUUGUAAAUUUCUUAAUAGUGAAAAGUUAAAAAAAAAAAAAAAAAAUGUUUUAUAGUUUUUAAAGGUGGAAAAAAAGCAUUUAACAAAAAAGUACUCAAGUCUGCCAAAAAAAGUUUGAAAUAUACAAAAAAAAAGGCAAAGCGCUCCCAAAUCCCUCUUUGAAACUAAUCUUUACUUUUCGUUGACAACAUAUUACAGGAAAUGAAGUUAAAAGUUGAGGAGUGGGAGACUGUUUCUGCGAUCUGCUCAUUUUUAAUAGCAGUGAUUUUUUUUUUUCCAUUUUAGAGUUUGGUCUAAAAAUUUAUACAGCAUGACUUUUUCCACCAUGUCAGAGACCAAAACUGUUUUUAUGUUAGACCGACUAAAGAAAAACAAAUUAAAAUUAACUUUAAAUUAUUUUGUAUUUAGAUUUGUUUUAAAAUUUAAAUAGAAGUACCCUCUUUGAAAAAACAAUAAUUAGGUACACUUCCCUUUCUGAGGUCACAAACAGAGAGUUUGGAGAUGGAAGUAUUUAAGUUCCUUUUUUUUGUCAAUGAUGUUAGGAAGUCACUGAAGUCAAACUUUUUGUUGAAGUUAAGUGUAGAAAAAAAAAAAGAAAAAAACCCAUCAUAUAUCUUAUACUUAAAAAAAAAAAUGUUCAAAAUCAAUGAAUCAUCAACCUCAGAUUCAGUUUCUAUAUUUACCUGCAUAAUCAAAGGAUAAUUAAUGGGGUUGGUUGGACUGCAAUGGUGUCUUUUAGUAAGUUCAGAGUUUUUGAUCUACACAAAGCCAUAAAAUAGUGACUUAAUUCAUCACUGCAUUUGGCUCAUAAAAUACACUUAACUUUUUUUCUUCUCAAACAAAAAUCUACAUGUGUAUGUUGAAGAAAGGAUACUGAUUCUCUAUAACACACAAUAGCUAAACUUAUUCUCACGCUUGUUUGACAGAUUUUCACUUUCAGAAUUAUUGCUGCUUUGCAUCAGUGACUCUCUCUCCUCACUCAUGAGCAGCACAAUCAUUGUCAUUAUUCACUGUUUGAUAGAGUAUUUAGAUGAAUAUCUGAGCCAGCAGAGAAAAAGUCUCCAAAGAGAGAAGCUGACAGUGAACAAAGCAGAUAUGUUAAUCUUAAUCACUUGCGUCUCAUAGCUUUAUUCUGGGACCAUAAUGUAAGAUUUCAGAACAGCAUGAAACAUCUUCAAAGUGGCCUUUCUGCUCCAGACAAAGGCAUGAAAUUGCUCAGUUGAAACUGUCAGCAAACUGCCGAGCCUGUUCUGUAGUCUGCUGCCAAAUUGGUAUUCAAGAGGUUUCAAACAGACAAACAGUUUCACUUUUUUUGGUAGGCAAAAGGCCAAAACAGGAGGUGCAAACUGUUGCUGCAGUGAAGCAGCAGGUGCUGUUUACUGAUCUGCUCAUGGUGCGAGCGAUUGUGUCUGGAGUAAAAGUCAACAUCAGAGCGAUACUGCGGGUCGGAUAUAUGUGCUGAUGAGUGAGCUUCAGCUAUCCAGCUAAACCCUGCCUGUAAUAACAGCAUUAAAAAUUUUCGUUUUUUUUUUUUUUGUGUGUGUGUCUUUUUUGUUGGUUUGUUUUUAUUUUGAUAUUUUAUUUCAGAAAAAAAUGUUCUCCUGUAAAUAAUUAAAUUACUUCAAGUAAAAUAAUUCAGAUCCGACAAAGGAGGAGCUAGUUUUUCAUUCGCCGCUCAGGGCUUCUGUAGCUAAACUCAGGGGAUAGAAAUAAACAGCAGCCAGUCAAUUACAGCUAACAUCUUAAGAGGUUUAUAAGUUUAAUCAGUGGAAAUAGAAAGGACAUUAAAGGAGGAGUGUCUGGAUUAAACUGCACUCAGAGUGGGUCAGUUUGAGCGGUCAUGCAGCAUGUUGAAGCGUUUGUCUAAAGCCACUUACAGAGUGUAUUUUUAGCCGAGCAGCUGUUUACCGAUCAUACAUGUAGUGAGUCACACGGGGUCGCGGUGUAGCUCAGCAAUGAGUUAAUAUUUCAUCCAGCUGAACAUCCUGCACACAGAUUAAAGCUGACACUGAGCUUCUGCUUUAAUGAGUGAGAGAUGAGGACUGAUUAAGACCCGCUGUGAGUCAGGAUCACUGACAGGAGGGCUCUGCUGCCCCCUGCUGGGCAACACAGAAAAGAUUACCCACAUGACUAAAACAGGUGGAGAGAGUCUGCCAGACACUUGUUUCGUCUCUGUCAGUAUGUUUGGGUUUGAUGUAAUUAAAUUAAAGGAAUAAUACACUUAAUUAUCUGUUGGAUUGCAAACAAACUUUCACAUUUUUCACAUCAUAUUAAAGUAGAAUGUGCCACCUACUUUUAUGUCUAUUUAUUCAAGUAGUGUUGACAUAAAAAUCCACCUAUUUCAUGAUGUUUUGGCGUAGUUUCUGUUUGAGCUUUAAAGAGGUGAUCGCCAUUGAGCUGCUGUUUUUAGUGCAUUUAUUUAGCUUUUUUGUUGCCUUAUACUUUUUUAAUCUUUUUUACAGGCUGCAGCAGAAGAGAUUAAACGCACCGUGUCUGAGAGCUCAAGUGCCUCAUCCAACACAUCCACGCCAGCAGUCGCCAUCAACCUUUCAGAGGUAAUGAGUGAAGGUUUUACUAAUCAAAUCCAGUCCAGAAGAUAAACUUCAGGAAGUGAUUCAUGUUUAAAAGUGUGGAUGUGCAUCAAGGAUAAACAUAAAGCAUGCAUCUGUUUGUGUUUUCAGGCUGAGAGGAUCCCUGAGCCGGCCCCUGACGCAGAUGGUCUUGGUCUGGGUAUGUCUUUGGCUCAGGCGAGAGAGCGAGCUCACCAGAAACGUUCCGCCAAGAAAGCCCCGCCCAUGGACUGGAGCAAGAGGAACGAACUGUUCAGCAACCUAUAA